GACAGCUAGCUAAUAGCUUCCACCACACAAGAACACAAACGAACACACUGUUGUAUAGAGCCUUCUGAUCGAGAGCUCAGACAACAACAAUGGCUGAGUUCGCGUUCGGGCUGACCAAGACGGCGGUGGAGGGGACGGUGAGCACGGUGAAGUCGGCGAUAGAGGACGAGGCGAAGCUCAACGAGAAGGUGCAGCACGACCUGGAGUUCAUCACGGCCGAGUUCCAGAUGAUGCAGUCGUCCCUCAGCGUCGCCAAGAGGGAGCGCGCCGCCGACAACGAGGUGGUGCGGACCUGGGUGAGGCUGCUCCGCGACCUGGCCUUCGAUGUCGAGGACUGCGUCGAGUUCGUCGUCCACCUGGAGAAGAGGUCGUCGUCGGCGUGGUUGUGGCGCACGCUGCCAUCGUGCCUGGUACCGCCGCAGCACCUGGACCUGGCUGCCGCCGAGAUAAAGCAGCUCAAGGCCAGGGUCGAGGAUGUAAGCCACAGGAACAUGCGGUACAACCUCACCGGCGAUUUGGCUGGAAGCUCCCACUCCAUCUCCAAGCCGGCGGAGCAGCCGGCUACUACCGCCAGCCCGUCGGCGUUCCACAUCCUUCGCGGUUGGGAGGCCGCUGGGAAGCUACAUGGGAUGGGCGACCUCCGGGAGUUGAUCACCGGUGAAGGCGGCGAUGACCUUCAGGUGAUUUCGGUUUGGGGGAGCACGGGAGGUGAUCUUGGGGCGAGGAGCAUGAUCAUGGAGACAUACUGUCAUGGAGACAUCUGCGAUGGAUUCAAGAGUCGCGCCUGGGUGAAGCUGGUGCAGCCUUUCAACCCCAACGAGUUCCUCAAGAGCUUGCUGACUCAGUUAUGCCGCAGGAGCUGGAGCUCUCAUCACCAAGCAGAUGCAGGAGAAGUGGAGUUCCGGACGAGGAUGAAAGCAGCGGUGGAUGAGGAUGACCAUCUCAUGAAGGCCGAGCUCAUGCAGCAGCUCAUGAAACACAAGAGGUAUCUCGUCGUCCUCGAGGAUGUGUCCACUGUGGUAGAGUGGGACGACAUCAAAAUGCUCCUGCCGGACUGUAAGAAUGGCAGCCGGAUCAUCGUGUCCACGCACGACAUAGGGAUGGCAUUUAUGUGCACUGGGAAGCCAUACCUUGUGUCGGAGCUCAGAAGGUUUCCUGACGGUCAUUCUCUUUGUGCCUUGUUCAGAAAGGUCCCAGAGUGUCCCAUUGAUGUUGGCAAACUCAAACAGCAGAUGAGAUAUCCUGGUAGUGUCAUCUCCGUGUACGGCAGCUCCCGAACCAAAUCAAUUCUUAUAAAGAAAUUAUAUCUUGAUCUUGCAUCUGCUGGUGGCUUGACAGAUGUUGAACGAGAGUCUAUUAAUGGAAUAGUUGAUGACAUAGAGGAGGCAGACCUAAUUCAAAGGUGUUGUAAGCUUCUGAGGGAGAAGGUCUGCCUCGUUGUUAUUAACGCAAAUGUGGCCAAACAUUGUGUAAAUGAUGAAGAUCGAGUCUUCAACAUCAAAGACCAUGUACAAGCAAGCGUGGCUGAGUAUUGUGGAAUUCGAGAUAGUCCAGAUGAGAUUUUCUCCACCAGAAGGGAAGAGGCACAUGGCUGGACUAAGACAUUUCAACUUGUUAGCAGUCGUCUAGAAGUGGGCUUAGACCUCUUCCUGCAGCUGCAAGAGCCAGGAGAUUAUGGAGUGGUGUCCGUGUGGGGGAUUGCUGCCGUUGGAAAGUCUGAUAUCGUCAGAACUUGUUACUACCAUCAUAUGCUUAAUACAUCACCGUGGUUCAGACUCGGUGACCAAUAUUUACAUUUUGAUCUUAUGAAGCGAUUUGCCAAGUACAGCUGGGUCCGUGUACCUCAUCCAUUCAAUCUGACGGAAUUCUCUCGGCGCUUACUUGUGGAUUUCUAUUCAGAUGAUCUUCAAGCCAUGGAAACAGUGGCAGUUGGUAUCAUGCAAGGCCAAGACCUAAUUGAAGAAUGUCGCAAGCUUCUGCGCCAAGAAAACUAUUUUGUUGUUGUUGAGGGCCUGGGCUCCACUGAUGCAUGGGACUCGAUAAAAGAAGCCUUCUUUCCCCAACCGGUUGAUGGUUGUAUAGUUGUCAUUAUUACAAAUGAAGCAAGCGUGGCCAGGCAUUGUCAAGUUAAAGAACAACGACGAGUCAACGUCAAAGGCCUUCAAGCUGAUGAAGCCCAUAAUCUCUUCAUAAAGGUCGCGUGGGACAACAAACCAACUCCUGAUAAUAUGGAGCUGUCGAAAACUAUCUUAUCCAAGUGUGGUGGGCUUCCAAAAAUAAUAACUGCGAUAGGUGAAUACUGCAAGUCAUCCACUGAGCGGCUGAAGCAUAUAAAUGAUGACUUUAUAGGCAGUUUGGAGACGGAAGCCAGAGGAUUCCGUAGGCUGAGGCGUCUGUUUUCUUGGAUGCAGUUCUACUUUGAUUAUGCUUGCUCAGAUACACUCAAGCCAUGCAUCUUUUACCUGUUAGUCUUCCCAGUAGACCACAACAUCAGGCAGAGGCGUUUACUAAGGCGGUGGAUUGCGGAGGGUUACUCCAGGGACAAAGCUUCUACAACCGCAGAGGAGGAGGGGAGAAGAUUGUUCUCCGACCUCAUCGACUUGAGCAUAAUCCAGGUCCAGGACACACCAAGCGAGACCCUACACCAACAGAAUGGUUUCUUGCACGAAUACAUCGUCUCAAGGCCAAUGGAAGACAACCUUGUUUUCACCCUGGAAGGGCAUUGCACCCUGAGCUCGCAACGCGCAGGGAAACACCUCACUAUAAGGAGCAGCUGGGAUAGAGACAAGGUUGUAUUCAAGAGCAUCGACUUCUCACGGCUACGGUCUUUGACAGUGUUUGGGAAGUGGAGGUCAUUCUUUGUCUCUGCCAAUACCAAUAUGAGACUGCUUCGGGUGCUGGAUCUGGAGGACACUUCAGGUGUAACAGAUGAUGACCUUGAACAUAUUGCCAAGCUCCUGCCUCGACUUAAGUUCCUCUCCCUGCGAGGGUGCAGGGAGAUUACCUAUCUGCCGAAUUCAUUGGGUGGCCUGAGGCAGCUUCAGACUUUGGAUGUCAAGCACACUUCCAUAGUCACCCUGCCUCCUGUCAUCACCAAGCUAGAGAAGCUCCAGUACAUCAAUGCUGGCACCACUGAACCAAUUGAUGAUUUGACAAGCCCUGCUGAAGCAGCAAGUGGAAGCCUGCCAGCUGCAGGCGAGGUCGUCGGCACAUCAACACCACCACCAUGGAGCAGCAGAGCACAGAAUUUUGUAUCUGGUUGUUUGUCUAACAAUUUGAACAGAAGCAAACAACAAGCACAUAACAGCAGUGUUAAGGUUCCUGCAGGGAUUGGGAGGCUGACAAUGUUACAAACUCUUGGUGUUGUCAAUGUCGGUGGCGCAGGAAGGAAGGCCAUCUCGAACGAGCUCAAGAUGCUUACCCAAUUGCGUAAGCUUGGGGUGUCCGGCAUCAACCAGGGAAACUACCAGAAAUUAUUUUCUGCCAUCUCAGAUCAUGCCCAUUUGGUGUCCUUGUCUGUGCGACUUGACAAGGAUAAGGAGGGUGCCUUCUGUUGUUUGGAUGGCAUCUCCAAGCCACCUAAGACCCUGAAGAGCCUCAAGCUGUACGGGCAUGUACACAAAUUGCCAGACUGGAUGAGGCAGCUUGACAAUCUGAGUAAGGUUGAUCUUGAGAUCACCAUACUAACACAAAAGGACACACGUUUCUACGAACAAUUUCCAAGUCAAAGUAUCCAUGGUCGUGUUAGUGUCAAGCCGAUUCAAGUUAGUCAAGUCCAUUUUGGAGUUCCGGAAGACCCUCCCUGUCGUCCCUGGACAAAGCAAUUCCGGAUCUUCAAGAUCGACUGCACCACCAGAUUACAAGCGAAUUUUGGAGAAGAUUACAUAACGAGCAGCGUUCAGCUGCUUGUGGUUCACUGCUCUAGUGGGUCGUCUUUGCAGAUUUCUGGGCUGGAGCAUCUAUUGGUUCUCAAGGAAGUAUGGCUCAAGGGUUCGUACAGUUACGAACUCUGGCAACAAUUGAAGCAGCAACUUUCCGAGCAUCCUAAAAAACCUGUCUUGAAGCCGGAGAUACCACCUUUCGUCAUGAGCAAUGAGUAUUGA